AUGGCACAGUGCGUUCGAUAUGGGAUUCGCCUGAAGCUGCAGAGUACUCGUACAGCCUCGUGCAGCAUAAUCCCAUCAUCUCCGCCUCCUAGCACACCGUCUGCUCUUAACCCGUACGCUUCUGCUGUCCCUUUUCUCAACAUGGCUAGCAACGCGGCACCAGACUCCCCAAGCACCAAUGUCAACACGCAGUCCUCCUCGCCGGGACUGUUCUCUGCUCGCGGGACUGGGGAAUUCCGACAUGUUGCCAUCCAGGCGAGCAGAGGAAAAAGGACCGGGGUCUUGUUGGCUGUGGAUAAUGCGCGACAGCUUGUUGUUUUACCAAGUGGAGCGUCCCUUGUCCACCUCGGCGCUGCAAUUUCUCUUGGUCCCCUUCCUCUCGUGCAUAUUAGGCUGACACACGAUGAAGACGGGAACGGGAGCAGCGAUGGCAGCGACAACCGGAACCCAACCCCGUUAACCAAUUCUUUCCAGCAGAUGAAGGAUGUCUUUGAAUUCCAAGCACAAGGCACCACUGUCAUUUGGCAAGUCCCAGUUGAGGGCGCAGAGCAGCGUGCUGGCCCUAUAAAUCUCGACGUAAAUCACAAUUCUAAAAGAAACCAAGGACUUUCCAAACCGCUCCGACCAUGUGACCCCAACGUAUUAGACCUUCAAGAAAUCGCCUCCGACAAAUCGUCUCCAAAUACGCGCCCCGCCCCGAAACGGAUCUCCCGCGUGCUAAUGUCCAAGGGCUUGUACACUGGGGAACCAGGCCGAAUCGUUGAUGCAAGCACCACUGCGACAAGCGAUGUUGUUCAAGCAGAUUCUAUCUUGCCCCAUCAAAAUCUCGGAAAGCGGAAGCGCGAGGAUGCCAGCUUGAAUGACGAUGCCAUGCUGCCUAGUAAACGUGCCAAAACAUUGCGUCGCUCUGUUUCGACCGUGAUUGGAUUGUUGACGCUAUUUCUACAAGAGAUUGAUGCUGGAUUUUGCCGGCAUGGGCUCCAAGAGAUGGAGGACAAACUCACAGAGAUUCACACUGCGACUCAUGCUACCAUUGGCGAGGUUGCGAAUUGGCUGACGUUUGACGGCCAGGGCGAAUUCGCAGAGUUGGGACGUGGCGUGAAGGAGGUUUCAAGACAACUAUGCGAAGAGGCCGGCGGGCAGGUGGUUGAAUGCCUGGACAAGCUCUCUGAGUUGGUAAUUGACUUGGUCGAGAUUCUAAGACAAUCACACCCAGAGGCGGACGAGUAUUUUGAACAGCACGUCGAGAAAGAAUCAGGUGACUAUGGGGAUCAAUUGACGGCAGAUGCGGGAGAAACAAGGGCGGAAUGUAGGGACAAGGAGUUGGAUGGUGCACAGGUGCCGUCUUGA